AUGUCUAGGGUUAACAAAGAUUGUCGAAGUUGGGCAAAGACGUAUCUUACACAACAACUCGUAGGCCUGGGAACAGAAAGCGAUAAAACCAAGAUACGCAUCACAAGUCUUGAUGAAUGUACUGGUGAUGUCGACUUGAACCAACGUAAAGGAAAGUUAUUGGCUAUUUACGAUGUUGCCUUAAAGCUGAGUUGGGAAGCUCAGUUACGUGACGGAUCAAAAACCUAUGGCACCAUCAGUGUUCCUGAGGUAGCCUAUGAUACCGAUAUAGACGAUUAUUUUAUGAUUGAAUGUAACGAUGGAGACCUUAAAUCAUGGAUCCGUCACCAAUUGACACCUUUAUUACGAACCAAAUUUUCAAAAUUUACAAAUGAUUUGAUUCAAAAUUAUAGCGCAGAUUUAUAUGCAGAUGCAUCUACACCACCCGAUUUAGUUCAGCGACGAAAGAACCCAGUUUCUUUACCACCACCUUUUGUUUCGACGACAAAAAAAGAGGAUGAGGUAUUACGAACGACUGUAGUGAAGCACUCAUUUGAUUUCAAUGGUGCUUCUGCUCGGGAUAUUUAUGAAGCCUUGUUGGAUCCAACACGUGCAGCCAUCUGGACACAUGGGAAACCCAAAGUGUCCAAAAAAAUCGGUAGUCGUUUUGAAUUUUUUGAUGGUAAUGUCCAUGGUAUUUUAUUACAGACGACACCUGGGAAAAGUAUUAUACAAUCAUGGAGACUUAAAAACUGGCCCAAAGAUCAUUAUUCGAAGGUAACACUUUCAUUUGAAAACAAGAUGGAUGGAUCUAGUAGUGUCAAUGUAGUUCAAGAAGGUGUACCCCUUGGUCAAGAAGAGAUUAUCAAAAAGAACUGGACUGGUUAUUAUUGGACUGCCAUCAAGGACAACUAUCAUCAGUUUCAACAUUUGCCUAUACAGAGUGAUCCUUACAAUUACUCCACAAUAAGUCUCGUAGGCUUUCUUCUUUUUGUUAUUUUACUGAUGGCAUUUACUGCUUACCAGGUGUCCCCACUUUUGAGAUUUUAG